AGUGCGUCCCCAUCUGCCUCGAUUAUGCCCGAGACCACCUAUUCCGUCCCGGCUGAAGCCCAGUCCACGCAAUGGUCGGCCCCCGCCACUGCGGAGCCUCAGUAUCGCGACUUUGUCUUGGGCCAAGACAGCCUGGACACUCCGGUUGUCUCGCACGCAUCGCCCAACGGGGUCUUCUGCAUCGAUUGCAACAAUUGUGGCCGCUCGAUCCCCAACGAACAUUAUCACUGCAGCAUCUGUGAUGAUGGCGAUUACGACCUAUGCCUCCAGUGUGUCGACACUGGUGUCACUUGCCUCGAUGAAGAACACUGGUUAAUUAAGCGUGUCGUCAAAGACGGUCAGGUCACCAACAGCACGACCGAAACGGUUGCACCCAGAAAGCUCCAGGAUGAGGAGCCGGAAGAGAAGUUCGAGGAGUCCGUUCCCGAGCUGGUCUCCGAAAGCAACCCGGAACCUCCUUCAGCUGCCCCAGAAGUUCCCGAAACUACUCAGGAGCGCAUCUGCAACGACUGCCUAAAAGAUCUCGAUGAGACUAAAAUGGUUUCUUGUCUGGAUUGCGACGACUAUGAUCUCUGCAUCACAUGUCUUCUCAAGGACACCCAUGGCCAUCACCCCGCACACACUCUCAAACUGAUUCACGACCGUCAGUUCUGUUUGAAGAGUCUGGUGCAAUCCCGCUGCAAACCUGGACGUCACCAUCACCAUGCUGCGAUCUGUGAUGGGUGUGAGAAGCGUAUCAUUGGUGUCCGCCACAAGUGCCUGACCUGCCCAGACUGGGACUACUGCUCGGAGUGUCACCAAAAGGCACCCCAAAGCCAUCCGGGCCAUCGGUUUGCGCCGCUCUACGAGGCCAUCUCCGAGCCCUUGCAAAGCUAUGAAGUGCAUUACGGCAUCUACUGUGAUGGCCCUCUAUGCAAGAGCCGGCCCUGCCCUAGCUUCAUCACAGGAGCUCGCUACAAGUGCUCCGUGUGCGAUGAUACAGACUUCUGCGCCAAAUGCGAGGUUCACCCGACCAACACGCAUAACCGCACUCACCCCAUGGUCAUGCUCAAGACGCCUGUGCACAAUGUCUUUGUCAGCACUGUUCAGGAAGAACGUGGCGGAUCUACCUUCACAUUUGGCGACCGUCCCCAGCGAUCAGCUUCCACCCAAGCCACCGCUCCGGUUGAGCCAAUCCCGGAGGCGCCCAAGCCGGAAGCCCGGAGUGUGCCGGAGCCUCAACCUGUGGCACAGCCAAUUGCGGUUGCUGAGAAGCAGGACCAGGUCGACCAGACGACGUCUGAUCCCGCCUCAGGCUACCAGGCCUUCUUUAUCCGCGACACUGUGCCGGACGAUACCACGAUGACCCCCAACAAAUCAUUCGAGCAAACCUGGACUGUUUUCAAUCCCGGUCCCCUCUCCUGGCCCGUCGGCACUGAUGUGCGGUUCGUUGGUGGCGAUUCGAUGUUCAACGUGGACACCAACCACCCGUUGAGCAUGGACUCCAUCUCGGCUGCCAUGGAGAGCAACAAGCUGACGGAGCCGCUAGAGCCCGGCCACAGUGUCGAAUUUACCGUGACGCUCAAGACCCCGAGCCGCCAGGGCACGGCGAUCUCGUACUGGCGACUGAAGCUCCCCAACGGUAUGCCGUUCGGCCACCGUUUGUGGUGUGACGUCCGCGUGCGCGACGAAGUGCCGCUGCCCGUGGCGAGUGCACCGGUGCCGGAGGCCGCGAAGCCCGUCGAAGCCCCUGAAAACGAGCAUGCCGAGCCCGCCGAGAGUCAAAUGAUCUUCCCUAAGUUGGAGAAGGAGUCUCCGGAGACGAGCACACACGAGGCGGCCAUGACGGCACCCUCGGCCCCGUCGGAGACGAAUCCAUCGGAGCAGGAUUUAUUUGACGACAUGGACAGCCUGACACUGGGCGAGGACGAGACGGAUGCGGGGCUGCUGACGGAUGAGGAGUAUGACAUCUUGGAUGCUAGUGAUCAGGAAUAUCUGGAGGCGAAGUCUCAGCGCUGAAGGGGCGCGUGUGGCCGCCAUGAGUUACGGAUUUCUUGGACUUGAGGACGACGGAGUUAGUGCGAAAGGAUGGAAUAAUCUGCCGUGUUUUUUUUCAUCUUCUUAAUCCAGCUUUAUUUGUUGAAAAGCGGUCUAAGGGGUGGACGUGGGGGCCCGCCCUAAGGAACGAAGGC